AUGCGUUCAACUCUGCUCUUCGCCGCUCUGGCUGUCGGCUCCUGCGCCAAGGUCAUUGAGAAGGAAGUCUACGUGACCGACUGGACCACCGAGACCGUCACCACCACCGUCACGAGCUGGCCUACCACCACCCCCAACACGGUCAACAAUGUCAAGCAGGACACCGUGGCCGCUGUGGCCGAAACCGCCGCGGCGGAGUCUUCCUCUUCGUCGUCUUCGACCACCAUUGAAUCCACCACGACUUCCGCGUUGCCCACCGUCGACCUGACCAAGAAGACCACCGCGCUGCCCGCCGCCCCCACUGAUGCGGAGGUCAAUCUGGCCGGUGCCACCACCUGGUUCUCCACGAGCUACUGGUCGAUCCCCGCCGAGCCCGCGACCACGGAGACCCCCACCUCGCUGUCCACCUCGACUUCGGCCGCUGCUGCUGCCACCCCCACCAACGCCUACCAGGAGACCAUCCUGUACAACCACAACGUCCACCGCAGCAACCACUCCGCCAGCUCUGUGACCUGGUCCGGCUCCCUCGAGUCCAGCGCCCGCACCCUCGCUGAGCGCUGUGUCUACCAGCACGACACUUCCAUCGCUGGCGGUGGCUACGGCCAGAACAUUGGAUACGGUGUUGGAGAGUCCUCCAUCGGAGAGAUGAUCACCAACCUGAUGUACAACGAUGAGAUGAUGUUCUUCGCCGACCUCUACGGCAAGGCCUCCCCCGACAUGUCCAACUUCGAUGCCUGGGGCCACUUCUCCCAGAUUGUCUGGAAGGGCACUGAGGAAGUUGGCUGUGCGACCGUGGUUUGCCCGUCCCUCGGCAACGCCGGUGGCUCCAACGUCCCCUUCACCGUCUGCAACUACUCUCCCGCCGGUAACUACGACGGCGAGUACGCUGACAACGUCCUGUCCCCCCAGGGCGCUACCCCCUACACUGCUUAA